UCGGCCGAUACGACUUGUCAGUGCGUGUACGACAGUAGGGAUGUUUGGUUCGUUGUCCGUGGAACGCGAAAUUUGACUCUGGAAUCUCGUAUUUAGGGUACUAUAUCGGUGCGCGUUUCUUGAGACGAUCGUGGCGAUCGUUUCGAGUAGAGGUCAUUGGCAGGUGUGAAGAUGUCUAAGUAACAGAAUUUGACUAUUUUAACGGAGGUGGGAAUGUUUCGAGAAAAACGCGGCACUCUGUAACCCGUUAUUUUUCUUGUCGAAAGAAAAAACAUACGAAAGUACCGGUUGGCUCUCCGAUUUCCGGUGCGUUCGAUGCGCUGAGAUUACGAGGACGUGGGGGUAUAGCGGUGUGUGCUUACUACCCCUUGUGCUUCCACGAGCGUUAACCAAGGCCACGUGGACCACGUUGGGUGCCUGGAAAAAUAUGUGCCAGCAUGUCCGAGGUCAGUGCGGCAGAAGCAGCGAGCCAGGAGAUCGACAGACAGACGUCGGUUUACGUGUUCUCAGGAACCGGCCGUCAGCAUUAUCCCGGUUCGGCGUCAACGACUCCUGUCCCCGUCGUCGAUACCGCGACUCCAGUUUCAACGAGCAACGCUACCUCGUCGACCGCGAGCGCGUUCGCGAAGGGGAAGCUCGAGAAGGAGAACGUCGACGAGGAAAUAGCGGCACGGGGCGGCAGACGAAGGCCAUCGUCCACGAGGACCCAUGCCAGAUCGGCCAGCCACGGUGGAGUGUUGGUGGAAUGCCUGACGAACACCGGUGGUUACCAGCCGCACGCGGGUUCCUAUCUGGGGCCUCUGUCGGCGAUCGGUGGUUCGAGGCCAUCGGCCUUGAAGAAGCCUGGCCACCAGAGAGCGUUCAGCCAGGGUCAGGUGAUGGACGUUCAGGGACACUCGGUCAUGGGGCACAGCCGCGUCGGCUCCAGAACCGAUUUCAUUCUUCCGCCUGGCCACAGGGAGGACUCGAGGCCACCCACUGCUGGAAAAGUGCCCUCCUUCCGAGGCCACUCGCGGCAAGCGUCCAGAUCAGAGUCGAUAUACACGAUAAGACGUAGCGUCGAACCUCCAUGGUGGAGAAGGCUCUGGGCACGAUGCUUCGGUCCGUUGCCAGAGGAACCUCGUUUAAGGACGAUAGUACCGAAUCACCUAGUGCCGCCAAAAACGCCGCCGAGUCAGCAUCCUAACGGCAAGAAAGUGAGCAAUAGAGUACGUACAACAAAGUAUACGAUGCUGACCUUCCUACCUCGCAAUUUCCUCGAGCAGUUCCACCGCGUGGCCAAUAUAUAUUUUGUAUUUAUCGUUCUACUUAAUUGGGUGCCAGCCAUAAACGCCUUUGGCAAGGAAGUCUCCGUGAUACCCAUAAUAUUUGUCCUUGGUGUGACAGCGUUGAAAGAUUAUUUCGAGGAUCAUCGGAGAUUCGUCAGUGAUCGACGUGUAAACAAUUCCACCUGUCGUGUUUACGUCCGCGAGGACGACAGGUAUGUGAAGGUGGCGUGGAAAGACGUGAAGGUCGGCGACCUGGUUCACCUCUCGAAUAACGAACUCGUGCCGGCCGAUGUUCUCCUCCUACGAAGCAGCGAUCCACACGGCGUUGCGUACCUCGACACGUGUAAUCUCGACGGCGAGACGAAUCUGAAGGAACGGCAGGUUGUCCGAGGCUUCGUGGAUCUUCAAGAUACCUUUGAGCCGGCGAAAUUUCGAUCGGUGAUCGAGGUCGAUCAACCGAGCACGAGGAUAUACCGGUUUCACGGAGCCGUGGUACACCCGAACGGUGGCAGAGUACCUGUUUCUACGGAGAAUCUUUUACUCAGGCAGUGUUUGUUAAAGAAUACCGACUUCGUUGAAGGUAUAGUGAUAUACGCCGGUCACGAGACGAAAGCGAUGCUCAACAACGGCGGACCUAGAUGCAAGCGUUCACGAUUGGAGAAGCAAAUGAACAGCGACGUGAUAUGGUGCAUGGUGAUUUUGGUGGUGUUAUGUACGAUUGGCGCGGUCAGCUAUCGAUUUUGGAUCUCCCAGUUUUCCGACCAGACGUUCGUCCCGUUCAUCUCAAUCCUUCAAGAUCCGAACUACGAGAGCAUGCUAACGUUCUGGACGUUCGUGAUCAUUCUCCAAGUGAUGAUACCGCUGAGCCUUUACGUCACCAUCGAAGUGGCGAAAGUGGGCCAAGUUUAUCACAUCGGGCACGAUAUCGCCCUUUAUGACGCGGAGACGGGACGCUCGGCUGAAUGUCGCGCGCUCAAUAUCACGGAGGAAUUGGGUCAGGUGCAGUAUAUAUUCUCUGAUAAAACCGGCACGCUGACGGAAAAUAAAAUGCUGUUCAGACGGUGCGCCGUGGGGGGACAGGAUUAUUCGCACGGCGGAGACGGUGAGAAUUUGAUACCGUCGUCACGGCUGAAGGAAGACCUUCUUAUAGGCACAUUCAGGCAUCAUCUGCAAGAAUUUUUAAUCGUAUUAGCGAUAUGUAAUACCGUUGUGGUCAACUCGCAACCUCACUAUGACACCAUGAACUCUAGCGGGGUGAUUGAAAAGCCUCAGAUAAACGGCGAAGAAUCUGGAAGAUACACGAGAAUGAUAGAUUCUAGAAGCUUAACUCCUUCGCCAAUCAUUCCUCUAUCUGUGCUGUCUCACCCGACCAAUAGUCUCGAUGAAAACGUGUCAUCGAUUUCUUCGAUGGUUGAAAUAGAAUCGGUGCUCCAUAAUUCCACUAACAAUAAGCUGUCGAAUAAAUUACCGAGGCCGAAAUUUUUAAAUGUGACGUCAAUAUCGAGUUUAGGAAUGGGAUUGUUAGGAAGGAAACUGUCCCCGAACGGAGAGCACAAGAGACGCAGUCCGCUAAGUCCCGUUACUGACGAGAGUGGGAAGAGCAGAGACGAAUUGUUACCUACGGCUGCGAUUUACGAAGCGGAAAGUCCGGACGAGCUUGCUCUAGUGAACGCUGCACGUGCUUACAACGUAAAACUCGUUAAACGAACGGCGCGUAGCGCAAUCAUUUCCUUGCCGGAUAAAUCUGUUCUUACUUUUGAAAUUCUUCACGUCCUACCGUUUGACUCCAACAGAAAAUGCAUGUCCAUUUUAGUCCGGCAUCCCAUCACUAACGAGCUAGUGUUGUAUAGUAAGGGUGCCGAUACAACGAUUCUAUCGUCUCUGACCCCCCAGGAUGAAAAUUCUGUAACGACGAUCAAAGUUCGACAGUAUCUUCAGUCGUACGCGCGUCAAGGUCUUCGGACUUUGAUGAUGGCUAAAAAAUCUCUGACAACGCAGGAAUACGAAAACUGGCGGCAAAUGCAUUCCGAGGCGGAGCUUGCGAUGGAAAAUCGUGAGGUCCGCAUUAAAGAUUCAUACGCGAGUCUCGAAUGUCAUUUAACUUUAUUGGGAGUCACUGGAAUUGAGGAUAAACUUCAAGCUGGAGUACCUGAGACUAUGGACACUCUAAUGGCAGCAGGGAUCGUAGUGUGGGUCUUAACAGGAGACAAGCCAGAAACCGCAGUUAAUAUUGCAUACUCAGCGCGUCUUUUUUCGCCUGCGAUGCAAUUAUUGUGGUUACAAGCAAGAUCAAAGUCUGUUGCUGAGGCCUUAAUUCAUGGAUAUUUAGAGUCUGCACGUAAAGAUAGUACAACUCAGGGGAUGGAUAACAUUAGAGAAAUCACAAUGUUUAAUCGCGACGUGGCAGAGAAUGAUGCACAUAGGGCAGAUAGCCCAUGGCCGAGACAACGUGCACUCGUUGUCGAUGGCAAAACCUUAACUGUUAUCCUUGAUCCACGAUCGGGAUUAACUCGACUGUUCCUUGAAUUAACGAAAACGUGUUCUAGCGUAUUGGCCUGUAGAGCCACACCUCUUCAGAAGGCAUAUAUUGUACGUAUAGUGAAGGAGCAAUUAGGAAUGAGAACUUUAGCAAUUGGUGAUGGUGCCAAUGACGUUAGUAUGAUUCAAACGGCAGAUGUAGGGGUUGGUAUCUCCGGGCAAGAAGGUACACAAGCUGUCAUGGCCGCAGACUUUGCCAUUUCAAGAUUCUCAAUGCUUAGCAGACUUCUUUUGUUGCAUGGUCAUUGGUGUUACGAUCGCUUGUCUAGAAUGAUCUUGUAUUUCUUUUACGAGAACGCUACCUUCGUUUUCGUUCUGGUUUGGUAUCAGUUGUACUGCGGAUUUACUGGAACAGUUAUGGUGGACCAAAUAUAUUUAAUGCUCUAUAAUUUAGUGUUUACGUCUAUGCCACCACUUAUGUUAGGUAUAUACGAUCAAGUAGCUUCACCUGGCGUUUUAUUAUCCAUGCCCCAUGUGUACAAAAGAGGACGUCUCGGGCUUGUAUAUCAAUCGUAUACAUUUUGGAUAAUCAUUGCUGAUGCUUUGUAUCAAAGUAUCGUUAUUUUCUAUGUAAAUGAGGGUGUAUACUAUGAUUCAGAUAUUGACAUUUGGGAGUUUGGAACUACUAUAUUGACCUGUUCCAUUGUUAUCGUGUUGACCAAUAUUGCCAUAGAAAUUAGAUCUUGGACGUUAAUUCAUCUUUUUGCUGUAUUGGGAUCAUUGGGAAUAUUUUUCGGUUUUUGUUUAAUUUAUAACCUAGUUUGCGUUAAUUGUAUGGGUCUCCUAUGUUCGUAUUGGGUAAUGGAAAUGGCUGUCAUGAGAUACACGUACUGGCUUACAGUAAUACUUACCUGUGUUCUAGCAUUGAUGCCUAAAUUAUUUUAUAAAACCGUAAAAUCGACAAUAAAUCCAGAUCUCGUACAAAGUGCCACGUUUAAUGCACCAUUAAAAAGUGGUAGCCAUAGACAACGAAUCGCUGAGAGAAGUGAAAAUAGUUUUAUUGCUGGUUGGUCACGUUCAACGCAGCAUGUCACUAUAAGAACUGAGACUAAACACGAUACGUUGACAACUAUCGUUGCAUGACAUAUCUCGAAAAAUCAAAAAAGACUGUCAGCCUGUAACAGAAUAAUCAAGAUUAUUAACAGUGCUGUUUCGUCGAAACUGUCAGGACAAAAGCAUGUUCUUCGCCGCAUUUUAAUCUGUACUGUUCCUAAGAAUCUGUAAAAGUAUUGUCCUGAAAAGUGUAUUAUUAAUUUUAAUAUGCAUUUUUUCACCAAAAGAACAUUACACCUUAUCGAAGCUAUAUCGAUCGUUGUAAUCAGCGUUUACCAUCGAUCGUUUUCGUUAUUCAUCGAGUGGCCUUAAAUCCAGACUACUAUUGUUUAUUGCAUUUGAUGGCUGUGACUUUUAGGGACCAAAACUUUUAAUCCAGUAGUAAUAUCAACGUCAAUUGAUUGAAAGGUUCACGUAGACACGAGUUGAAUGUUGAAUCAGCUUAAUAACUUUUAUUCGAGUUGCAACCGUUUUCCUUAGAUAUGGAUAUAAAAGAGUGUAUAAUUGUAAAAAGAGAAGUUAAAUGAAUAUAUUAUAUAUCUAUGGAAUUCGUACUACAUAAGUUACAAAGUAAGUCAGCGCUGAUCAUACGAGUGUGGUGCAUGUGAAUUUUACACUCGGAAUAUUGUAUUAUUGUAAUUUCGAAAACACGUACGUGUACGAUUUGCCAGCGUAGAAGUUUUAUUAAACGUGUAUAAUCCGUGUUGGAUGUCGUAACAACACUCUACUUGCAGGUAGUAGACAUAGUAUUUUGAUAAAUGAUUAAGAAAAAUCUGCGUGUAUAUAGCGAUAACAAGUAAAAACGAGUGUUCUGUA